AUCUUGCUUCAGAAUCGCUCGAACCUCCCGAGCGCACCGAUCUCCUUGCGUCAUUGGAGCGGAGCAUUUUUCCCACGCCUUUGAGGUUGUUAAGAUUGUGGUUGUUAGAGAAAAUAAUUAAAUUUUUAAAAAUAAAAACUAAAUCAAAGCGAGCCGCUUGAAAUAGUGUUUUGUUUGUGUUUCUUCGUAUUUGCAAAUACUAUAAUUCUUGCAUUUUUAUUUUGUUUUGUUCUUUUUGGAAUAUUUCGAAUCUGUUUGAAUAAAAAAAAAAAUUAUGCUUAUCAGUGAUAAACUGGAAACAUUAAUGGAUUUGUUUUGAAUAAUUUUUGAAUCGUCGCCUGGUGCCAUUAAUUAUUUACAACAACAGUGCCGUGCUAUUUUGAUUUAUUUUCCUUGAGUUUUGGUUUUUUACUUUUCUCAUUAUUAUUCGACUGUAACCAAUAAAAGUUAUCAGUCUCUUUGAUUCUUUGAAAAAAGAGCAAACAAGUGAAUUAAACAUUGUUACAGUUAACAUAUUAAAGGUAUUCUAAAUGAGAAAUCAGAUGAAGUGAAAAGUCAAAUUUGUUCUUCGAUUAAAAAAAAUGUAUCAAAGCCAUUUGCUGUCUGCCAUAUAAAUUUGGCUGUUUCUAACUGCUUGAAAAUAUAUCAAUGUCAACCGUAGAAUUACCAAAAUAUAACUCAGUGUCCAAAAUGUGGUGGACGAUAGGACGAAGGAGGUGGCUCUCAGACAAAGUUUUAAGGAUCUUUAAUCAAAGGCACCAUUUAACGACAAUCCUAUUUAUAAUUUUUCUUUCUCUGGAGACAAUUGUCCCAAAAGCAAUAGCUCAAAAUACGCCCUCCGCAAGAACAGAUGUACAAAGGCCACCCCAAAAAUUUGCCAUAGAACCUGCAGAUAGGACUGCUAUUGUAGGAAAACCGGCCGUCCUACCAUGUCGAGUUCUGAAUAAAGUUGGCACUCUGCAGUGGACGAGAGACGGUUUCGGUCUGGGUUCGGACCGAGAACUAAAAGGCUUCCCAAGAUACACCAUGGUCGGCAGUGACGAUGAAGGUGAUUUCUCACUUCAAAUUGGCAGCGUAACACUUGAAGACGAUGCUUUAUUUCAGUGCCAAGUUGGAGCUGCCGAUGGUGUAAAUGGUAUCCGGUCCCGAAACGCUGCCUUCACUGUAUACGUUCCACCAGAACCACCAAAAAUUGUACAAGGUGAUUUCUUGCGAACGACAGCGGGGAUGACAGUUGAAUUAACUUGUGACUCACAUGCAGGAAAACCCCCAGCCGAGUUGACUUGGCUGGAUGGUGAUGGAAAUGUUGUAUUAGAAGAAAUUGAAUACACGACACAACAUCUUGGAGAUGGAAAAAGGGCAAAUGCAGAACUCAAGUGGACUCUUACACCAAGGAGGGAACAUGACGGAAAAACUUUUACUUGCAGAUCAGAAAAUCCUGCUUUAACGCAACCGCUGCAUGCAAGAAUCAGCUUAGAAGUUAAAUAUCCCCCCGAAAUCACCCUUAAAGUGAGCUCGGACAAGAUUAUGGAAUUCGAUAACGUGAAGUUCACCUGCGAGGCAGUUGCGAAUCCAGCGGACGUCACCAUCAAAUGGCUGAGAAACGAUGAAGUCAUUCCAGGGGACCACAGUACGACCUACAUGAUAACCAGGGUCACCCGCGAAUACAACAAGGACACCAUCAGCUGCGAAGUCAGCAACGCCGUGGGAACUACCAAAUCAACACACACUCUGAAUGUCCUAUACGGGCCUGCGUUUCGAUCCACCAUCGAAAAUGUUGCCGCUGAUAUAGGAUCAGAAGUAACCCUAAACUGUGAUGUUGAAGGAAAUCCUAAACCAGACACUGUUUGGACUUUUGAAGGAUCUGAGAAAGUACUUAGUUCUGAACCUCGUCUCGUCAUUCCUCAACUAAGUCUAGACAGAGCUGGGCGCUAUACGUGCCGGGCGACUGUUGUUGGUUUUGCUGAAAUUUCCACCAAUGCUCUUGUAUUCAUUAAAGGUUCUCCAAGAGUGCGGAGUCCACCUGUACAGUAUGGAGUUGAAGGAGAAGUUGUAAAAUUAGAAUGUAUUAUUGCAUCAGUGCCUCCUCCAACGAGAGUACUCUGGUCCAAAAAGCAACAGCAUGUAGAUAUAGAUAACAACGAUGGAUAUGAAAUCGUUGAAGAAACGAUAGCUGGUGGAGUGAAAAAUAACCUCAUUAUACACAACGCUGAUGAUGAUGAUUUUGGCCAGUACAAUUGUUCAGUGUGGAACACUUUUGGUCAAGACAGCAUGAUCAUUUUACUUAAAAAGCAAAAAAAUCUACCAAUGUUAAUAAUUCUUGCCAGUGUCAUAGGAGGAAUUGUCUUCAUAGUAUCCAUAACAAUUAUCAUUAUACUAUGCCUAAGAAGAAAAUCUGUUAUUAAAGAUGAGGAUUAUGGGUCUGAGAAAAAAACGAAACAGUCGGAUUCGGCGUCGUCCGGGGACUCGGACUUUAAAGCCGAGAUCCGGACUGCUUCUUCCCUCUCCAACAAUGAGCAUGACAGGAGCUGGGAGGAAAAUAGUGACCGGGCAGCUCAAGACAACAUUUUCAAAUACAAUCCCAGCGACUACACGGAGAGUAACUUUCCACCCAAACCGGAAAGCCAAGUUAACAAUGGCUACAUCCCAUACGUUGACUACACUCGUGAUUACACCCCUCCAGCCGUCCCACCACCAGGUGGCGUCCGAGACAGUGUCUAUGGCAGUCCACCCCAAUCACUGAGCGACCUCACACAUACAGUCGAUCCCCGAUACAGAGCAGGUUAUGCAAAUCCAUACCUGAGGACUUCAGUCUCUAAUCUACCGCCACCGCCACCACAGGGCGGAGUCUUCAUGACAUCAACUUGGGGCGGACAUCCGAGCAGCCCUUCAUCGCCAGCAGCUGCUGGACAACAGCCAAGCUCACAGGCUCAAAACCGAUACAUCACUGCCCAACAAGCUCAGACACAACUGAAGCCAGGCACAUUAGCCACGCAUGUCUGACGCUAGGCUUGGCAGAGGAAACCUGCAAAAUAAAAGCAAAGUCCACGCUCUUGUCGACUUGGGGAUGAAUUUGGCAACUUUUCGAUUCAUAUCUAUGUUUGAUUGUUGUCUCAGUGAUUUACAAAAAGGGACGAUUAAGUUUGGUGGAGAAUUCACUCGACCUAUGUCACACCACUUUGCUGAUUACGUUUCGUGCUCAGCGGGCUUCCAGUCACAGCCACCCAACGGAGCAAACGAAACUGAGUUGACAUCUUACCUUUUCAGUGGUGUUAUGGAUCCUUAAGACACUAACAAUCAUCAUCAAAAGGAUCUUCGUCCCCUAAAAAAAUAAAGAAAAAUUCUGUUUUUCUUUUAUUCUUCUUGCAUGUUUCAAAACUGAGGAGCUUGCCACGUCCGGAUAAACAUAACUGCCUUGUGUAUAUCAAAAUGAAAGUUCUGUGUAAAUACCCUCUAAAGACUGAAAGAUACUCGGAUGCGUUGGAAAGCUGUUAUGUAUUUAACUAUAAAAUUACUUUUAUGAUUGUUGAUAUUUAUAUGAGAUUACCGUGAACUGUUACGGAGAUUCCUAUAUUGACUCUAAAGGCUGAUACAGACCUACCCUUUGUUUUAUUUCUAAACAAUCACUACAAAGUCAACCGUGCUUUAUUUGGUGUUGAUUCACACAAUAAAGUAUCAGUGGUGGUCGUUAACAUUGACUCAAAACAAAAUACCACCCAUAUGAAAAUCUGGAGAAAACUUUUUCGAAUUCCAGUGUAUUUGUGCCACUACAUGAAGAACUUUUACGUUUCCUCCCGCCAAUAUUUGUUUCGCAUUGUGCAGAUCAUUAUUUGAGGUUAUGGAAGACUUGAAUAUCAAAUAAAAAUAGGUGUAUAAAAAUUAUUAAAUCUAAAUUGAAAGGUGCUUCUUACCGUUCACUGCUGCCUGACGUAGAAAAAAAAUUCCUCUCCCGACUUUGCAUGAUCUUUUUACUGACCCCUCUUUCAUCGUAUCUUUCAUCAUUUGGACUACAGAAAUAUGUUCCCGGAUUAAGUGGAUUCAAAUUUAAAUACUUUUGUAUUUGUGUCUUUUAUCUUUAAAACUCAAAUUUUGAACAGACUUUUAACUUUUAAAUAAAAUUAUGAGGCAGGUAUAAUGCCAUGCCACUUUUUGCCUCUAAAUCUCAGUAUUGAAGUUUUAUUUUUUUCCAAAGAUCGAAUGCGCCAUUUUCACAACCUUUUUUGAGGCCUUGAUUCUCAUCAAAUUACCGUUUACCUACUUCUGCUCACAAUUUUUUGGCUGUGAUUGUAUUUGUGAGAACAUUUCGACAUUUUCAGGAGCUGCUAUUUUCUUCUGAUUCAGAUUUCUUUUUUUUUAUUGAUUGUCAUGUUUUUGUAAAUUAAUGUGAAGAAAUGCUUGUUUUUGUUUUACACUAUCUAGUGCAUCUUUAUUGUGUAUUUAUUUAUGUUUAGUUUUUGUUAUGUUUGUAAAAAUACGGUGAAGCAAUUUUAAUUGUCCUGAAAUAUGGUAGGUAUCGUUCAAUUCUCUUUAUACAAUUAUAUCAUUUAUUGCCAGGGAAUUGUCGACUUAAUUGUCAGAAAAUUUAGACGUAUGUGAUCUAUAUCAUCUUCAAAAUGUCGUUAGUUUUAUCUUAAAACAAAUUAUUAAUAAAAAAUUUCACUUGUGAAUGUUUUUAGUACAUCAAAAUAUAAAAAAAAUUAUAAAAACUUGCCAAAGACACGUUUUAUAGUUUCCCCCAGAAAUUACUACAUUAUCAUUAUCAGACUUAGUCAUUUGUAAAUAUCGUAUUCUAAAUAAAUGUCACCUCUUGUAAAAAUUUCAUCCAUUUUCAAAACAUUUUAAUAUUUUUCUUAGUUUCGAUCAUUACUUGUACUGUUUUUUCUAGGGGUCUUAAAAUGAAACUUUUUUUUAUAGAAAAUGGCUUUUGAAUUUUUUUAAAUUUGUUUAACUUGAAAAUAAAUUUAAUGAAAUCUAUUUACAUAAAAUUGAUUAAUAAAAACGAUUAAAAAUACAAUAUCACUUUCGUUUCGUUUUAUUACAGUCUUAAUUCUUAAAAUAAAAAAGCAUCUUAAAUUUUUAAAUUUUCAUAAACCAUUGUAGAUUAUUUUUUUACUAUUAAUUUGAUUAGAAAAGAAAUUCAUUCGCCCCUGUGGUAUAUUUAUCAUAUUAUUCAAACAAAACUUUUUAAAACAUUUUGUGAGAGUAAGUUGAAUUUGAUAAAUAAAACUAUAUUAUUUUUAUAAUUGUUUAUACGUCAAUUUUAGUAAUGUAUACUAAGUAAUUUAGUUUAUAAUUGCCAAUUUUCGUAAUUUAGUUAGUUUAUAAUUGUCAAUUUUAGUAAUAUAUACAUAAUUUAUACGAAAUGUUUUUCAAAAAUGAAGCAAAAUUUUAUUUUUAACUUAAUUUUUGUACAUAUAUUUUCCCUGUAACUAAAUAGUUAACUUUCCUUUGUAUUUGAUCAAAAUUCUAAUUAUCUUUGCGUGCAUCUUUUUGCGUUUUGCAUUUAGUAUUUGUAAAAAUAAUAAAAAUACACUUCAAAAAAAAUGGUUUAAUCGCAUUACGGUGCAAGUUUUUUGUAACAUUAAUAAGGUAUUAUAUUAAAUCACGUUUCCGAUCAAAUUGAAUUAUAGUAUCAUGUAAUCAUGUUUAAGGAAUACGAUAAUAUGAUUAAACUUAGAACCAUAUUAAGGUUUCAGCAAAUAUGAAUGAUAUCAAGAUCGAAAAAAAAUCUCUAAACUUCAAUCUAAUUUUCAAAAUGUGGAGCUUUUUAAAACUUAUAUCAUACUCAAUCGCACACACAUUUCUAAAGACGAGUAAAUACGCGUUUCAGGACUCUGCACUUAAAAUUGCUUCACCGUAUCUUAUUUAUAUCCAAAGAUAUCUGCCCAGCAUAAUUCUAUAGCUGAAUCGAUACCGGUUAGUCGGAGAUCCCUUUUCGAAUCUUCCAUAAGACUCAUUUGACCAGUGGAUAUCUCUCUCUGUCCAUCAUAUCCUCUCUUCCUCCUAACAUAGAUAGUGCCAGAUGCCUUGUAAAUAUGUGUAUAAAAGAACGUAAGAGUGUAUGAGCCGUUGCUGUUAGUAUUUAUAACGGUUAAAUCAAGACGUAAACUGACAAUGCCAUCAUAUAUUUUUCACUGUGAAUGAUGUAAGCAAUAAAGUUUCCUGAAUUAAAUGUUUUUGUUAUCAACUUA